CACCUUCACGCGUCCUUCUUCACACCUCAUAGAGCGAGGCACAGCGGAAAACGAAUUACACAAUUGUUUAUUUGGUAUAUCUCGAUCAAAGUAGAGAUAACGCAUAAAGAUAACGCAUCCUCACAAUCUGAGCUCAACACCAUGAUUUCUUUUUCUAUACGCGCCCAUCUUUUGACCAGUCUGCUUGCUUGGAAGAUAUGCAAUGUAAGCGGGCUGCAUGCGCUUAAUUUUGUGAACUUACUGGAACCCAGCGAUGCUUUUAAAUGCGUCGCAGUUCAAGUUGGAGAACUCGCGAGUCCAGGGAAGUUAGUAUCUGCACCACUGUGUUAUGAGGAGAGACUUUUAAUACAGUCUACCGAAACGUCAGGGCAGGUCAAUGGUAUACCUAUCUAUAUCUUCCCCGUAAACGAUGAGGACCAAUCAGUCGAUGCAAGCUCGAUUGCACUACACUCUGCUAAUAUAUACGAAGAUGACACGCGUAAUGUUUGGUUUCUUCAUCGAAAUUCCAGCGUUAGCGAUCAAGUCCUACUUAGAAAUAUUGACAAUGGCGAUGUGGAACAGACUUUGGGAUACAUCUCUUUUGUCAACUUUGCUGAUUCUCCUGUCGAUCUGGCAUUGCGAGAGACAGCUGAAUCCUAUCUUCCGAUGAGUAAUAUGAAGUAUUACGACACCUUCAAUCAGAUUCACAAUGGUGCGUUCAGCCGAAGUUAUCAGUAUAGAUACAUUGUCGAUGAAGGGGCUGAGAAUGCCAUGACUGGAUUUUUCCGGGUAGGAUUCCGCGAAGGUCUUGAUCUGGGACACACUAUCAAUACUGUGUUUUAUGGUAAAAAUGAGGCCAAUUCUUUCCAAUCGUUAACUUUUCGUGCAACGACAGAAAACGAUUUUGUAAUUGGCCCCGUAAAUUACGCUGCAGCUAUCAGCACCGAACCUUUGUCCGAACCAACUGCUGCUAUUGACCCUACCUCGGAGCAAACACCUGACGAUACAGCAAUCAAUAACACGCCCAACAACGUACCUGAAGCUGUUCCUCCGGUGAGCAAUAACGAUGACGUCAACAACCAAGGAACCAUCAAUGACGAUGUGGUAACAAAUACAGACGGCGGUGAUGAUGGUAUAAUUGUCUACGGCAAUGAGGAUACUGAUGCGACUGCUGGAGAUUGGUGCAUUGUUGUUAUUACCGGUUUAGUAUACAUAGUUCUGAUAGUUGCUUUGUGCUAUUGGACUUUCUUGCUCACGUCGACGUGGUGGGAGUUACGAAAAAGAAUGCGAGGAGAUAUAGGACAUGCGAAGAGUGCGAAAACCAAGAUUUUAGUUGAUGUCAAAGAGGAAGAGGAAGAGAAGAAAAAGAAACGCAGUAAACGCAGUGGAGGCGGCGGCGGCAGUGGUGAUGCCGAGAAGAAGAAGAAAGUAUUCUCUAUGAUGCGCGAUAGGAUGGGGUCUCGACGUAUGAAGGACGCACUGAGUAGUAUGAGUAAUGGUCGACUAUUCGGAGAGGAAGGUGACAAUCAAGAGUAUAUCAAACGUGCGCGAGCCUUGAGCAAAGCAAAUUUACAUGAUGAUGUAGCACUGGACAUGCCCUCCGAAGAUAUCACCAAAACCAAAUCGAAAGGUAAAUCAAGCGGCCGAGUUUAAAAUUAUCAGCUUGAAUACGAACGAUGAUUAAGGAACAGAUAUCUUUCCAGCUUAGCAAUGAGACACGAUGGUCUCGUAGUGAGUAUAGAUUGGAUACGGAUAAUUGUAUACUGUAAUGUAUCUGUAGAGUAUUGCUGCAUUGCGCACCGUUAUCUUUAUAUUCGAGAUUGGGGAACGCCAGGAAUGCUUCUAAUCGGGAUUGGAGGUUGUACCAAGUGUAAGUAUUAUUCAAUUAGUACUUCGAGAGGACGGAAACUUUCAACAGUGUUCAAAAGCAAUGGGAGGGAAUACUGACUAACAUUCACAUCUUCAAAGCACGCGAGCUAUCGUGACAGCCCUUAUGGGAAGCGUGACGUUUGGAAACCAUGUUGAAGCCGAAAUGAUUGGGUCGAAUGUAAAUAAUUUCAAUAGAAUGCAUGGGCAGCCAUUAAUGGUUGUAGCAAUUUUCUCCGGCAUUGUGAUAAGGUCAGGUAUUUUACAGGAAGAUCUCUUCAUAAAAUAAAGCACGUAAUUUAUGUGGCCCGAUUUAUGGUCAUGGCACUAUCGCU